AUGGGUCUGCCUGGCUCCAAGAUGGUACUUCCUUUCUGUCCUGGUGAUGCUGUGGGGCAAUUCUGGAGCAUGCCUGGCUGCCAGCCAGCCUCGGCGACCUUCUCCUGCUGCCAGCUAGCCUCGGAGACCUUCUCCUGCUGCCAGCCAGCCUCGGAGAACUUCUCCUGCUGCCAGCCAGCCGCGGGCGACCUUCUCCUGCUGCCAGCCAGCCGCGGGCGACCUUCUCCUGCUGCCAGCCAGCCGCGGGCGACCUUCUCCUGCUGCCAGCCAGCCGCAGGCGACCUUCUCCUGCUGCCAGCCAGCCGCGGGCGACCUUCUCCUGCUGCCAGCCAGCCGCGGGCAACCUUCUCCUGCUGCCAGCCAGCCGCGGGUGACCUUCUCCUGCUGCCAGCCGCGGGCGACCUUCUCCUGCUGCCAGCCAGCCGCGGGCGACCUUCUCCUGCUGCCAGGCAGCCGCGGGUGACCUUCUCCUGCUGCCAGCCAGCCGCGGGCGACCUUCUCCUGCUGCCAGCCAGCCGCGGGCGACCUUCUCCUGCUGCCAGCCAGCCGCGGGCGACCUUCUCCUGCUGCCAGCCAACAGCGGGCGACCUUCUCCUGCUGCCAGCCAGCCGCGGGCGACCUUCUCCUGCUGCCAGCCAGCCACGGGCUACCUUCUCCUGCUGCCAGCCAGCCACGGCCAGCCACGGGCGACCUGCUCCUGCUGCCAGCCAGCCACGGGCGACCUUCUCCUGCUGCCAGCCAGCCUUGGCGACCUCCUCCUGCUGCAAGCCAGCCUCCGUGACCUUCUCCUGCUUCAAGCCAGCCUCUGUGACCUUCGCCUGCUUCAAGCCAGCCUCCGUGACCUUCUCCUGCUGCCAGCCAGCCUCCGUGACCUUUUCCUGCUUCAAGCCAGCCUCUCCCCGGCGACCUUCUCCUGCUGCAAGCCAGCCUGCUGCUGCCAGCCAGCCUCGUGACCUCCUGCUGCCAGCCAGCCUCGGUGACCUCCUGCUGCCAGCCAGCCUCGGUGACCUUCUCCUGCUGCAAGCCAGCCUCAGUGACCUUCUCCUGCUGCCAGCCAGCUUCGGUGACCUUCUCCUGCUGCAAGCCAGCCUCCUGCUGCAAGCCAGCCUCCUGCUGCCAGCCAGCCUCCUGCUACCAGCCUCAGUGACCUUAUCCUGCUGCCAGCCAGCCUCGGUGACCUUCUCCUGCUUCCAGCCAGCCUCCUGCUGCCAGCCUCGUGACCUACUCCUGCCGCAGGCCAGACUCCGUGACCUUCUCCUGCUGCAAGCCAGCCUCUGUGACCUCCUCCUGCUGCAAGCCAGCCUCUGUGACCUUCUUCUGCUGCUAGAAAGCCUCUGUGACCUUCUCCUGCUGCAAGCCAGCCUCGGUGACCUUCUCCUGCUGCAAGCCAGCCUCCUGCUGCCAGCCAGCCUGGGUGACCUUCUCCUGCUGCCAGCCAGCCAGCCUCGCCAGCCUACCUCGGUGACCUUCUCUUGCUGCCAGCCAGCCAGCCUCUGUGACCUUCUCCUGCUGCCAGCCAGCCUCUGCGACCUUGUCCAGCUGCCAGCCAGCCUCUGCGACUUUCUCUGGCUGCCAGCCAACCUCGGCGACCCUCUCCUGCUGCCAGCCAGCCUCUGUGACCUCCUGCUGCAAACCAGCCUCCUGCUGCCAGCCAGCCUCAUGACCUCCUGCUGCCAGCCAGCCUCGGUGACCUCCUGCUGCCAGCCAGCCUCAGUGACCUCCUCCUGCUGCCAGCCAGCCUCGGUGACCUCCUCCUGCUGCCAGCCAGCCUCGGUGACCUUCUCCUGCUGCCAGCCAGCCUCGAUGACAUUCUCCUGCUGCAAGCCAGCCUCCUGCUGCCAGCCAGCCUCCUGCUGCCAGCCUCGGUGA